AUCUUGGUAAGUUAUAUAACUCAACCAAAGAAAACCUAUACAUUUCCUUAGAUUGUAUUCUUUGACAUAAAGCUGUUUAGUAAGGAUUAAACAUGUCAGAAGAUCAGCAGGUCGUGGACGAGGAAUUGGUCAUUCCUACGGAAACGAUGGACUCCCACCUUUACUAUUUACGCUACUACGCAGGCCACACUGGUAGGUAUGGUAACGAGUUCCUUGAGUUUGAGCUGAAGGAUGAUGGGACACUAAAGUAUGCCAAUAAUAGUCAAUAUCGAAAUGAAAAUAUUAUUAAAAAACAAGCUCGUGUAUCCCAAGCAGUACUAGAGGAGGUAAAAUCAACUAUUGUGAAAUCAGAGAUUUACAAAAGCGACGACGAAGAGUGGCCGCAGCCGGACCGAAACGGUCGACAAGAGCUUGAAAUACAUUUUGGGAGCACGCAUAUUUCACUAGUGACUAAUAAGAUGACCACCAUGCCGAAUGAAGGCCCUGAUGAGCCUAAAGGUCUUUUUGAGUUUUACUGUUUCAUACGAGAUCUGAAGGCGCUUGUGCUCUCACUGGUAUCUAUCCACUUUAAGAUUAAAGCGGUAUAAUCAUCGCUACAUUAAAUUAUAUGGUGCCACUGAGGGGCUAAUACCAAAGUUUGGUCCCACAGAGGAACCUAUACCUAUUAGA